AUGCCCUCCAACAACUCUGUCACCGAUGGCCUCUUCCUCAAGAUCAUCAACGUUAUAGUCUACUUUCUCUUCCUGGGAUCCAACAUAUACGCCAUAGCUGGGCCCACGGACAUUUACUAUUCUGGCAAGGAAACAUACCUCACCCCGGCACCAUGGGCAUUCUUGAUCUGGUCGCUCAUACACCUCCUGCUCCUCGGAACUAUUAUCUAUCAGUUCUUCGAGGGCGGAAAGAAAGUCGUCAUUGAUGGCAUCGGAUGGCGUUUUCCGCUGCUCGCAGUUCUCAACGCAGUGUACAUUCACCUCUGGGCAGCGCACCAGUACAUCAUCGCCUUUGUAUUUGCGCUCUUCGUCAGCUCCGCCGUAACGCACAUCUACUACGUCGUAAAGAAGUAUCAUGAGCCCGCCAGCAUCCCAGACGAGAUCUUCGUUCACCUGCCGUUCUCGCUCUACCACGGCUGGACGACUUUGCUCGUCGUGCUCACCGCCUUCGAGGCAUUCGGUGUCGACGCUACCACCACUCGCGCUGGAGUUUGGACGAAGGUCUUUGUCUUCCUGGCCCUGCUAUUCCUCGAGGCUACUGCUGCGACGUACGCCUUCUCAUCCCCGGAGGGCGACCUCCCGGCGAGCAUUGCCAUCGCCUGGUCGCUGUGGGCCAUCUUCGCCCACCAGCGCUACCCUGCCUUCGUCCACUGGAGUGCACUUGCCUUCUCCAUUCUCGCUCUGGUCUGGGUCGCCAAGGCUAUCGUUGGCCUCUUCGUCAAGCUCCGCAGGGGUGGCCGCGGGAUCUCCCUCGAUGAGGAGCGUGCGUCCCUCCUUGGCAACAACUGA